AUGUCAAUGGCAGCAACAGUUUCUUCUUCUAGGAUCACAAGCUCUGGUUUCUCUCGUUCUGGAAUUUCUUCAGAUCCCAAAGUAUCGCAUAUUGGUUCGUUGAGAUUGUUGGAUCGUGUUCAUGUCACUCCGAUGUCUCUGAAUCUAUCUGGGAAGCGAUCAUCUGUUAAACCCUUAAACGCAGAGCCAAAGACAAAAGACUCUAUGAUUCCUCUCGCAGCAACAAUGGUAGCAGAAAUCGCAGAGGAAGUAGAAGAAGUAGUAGAGAUUGAGGAUUUUGAACAACUUGCAAAGAAGCUAGAGAAUGCUUCACCUCUUGAGAUCAUGGAUAAAGCCCUCGAGAAAUUCGGGAACGAUAUCGCCAUCGCAUUUAGUGGUGCAGAAGAUGUUGCUUUGAUUGAGUAUGCUCACUUAACCGGGAGACCAUAUAGAGUAUUUAGCUUGGAUACAGGGAGAUUAAACCCGGAGACGUACCGGUUCUUGGAUGCUGUGGAGAAACACUAUGGGAUUAGGAUUGAGUAUAUGUUUCCUGACUCUGUUGAGGUUCAAGGUUUGGUUAGGAGCAAAGGAUUGUUCUCAUUCUACGAAGAUGGGCAUCAAGAGUGUUGCCGUGUGAGAAAGGUGAGACCUUUGAGGCGUGCACUCAAGGGUUUAAGAGCUUGGAUCACUGGUCAGAGGAAAGAUCAAUCUCCUGGAACGAGGUCUGAGGUUCCGAUUGUUCAGGUGGAUCCUGUUUUCGAAGGUUUAGAUGGUGGAGCAGGUAGUUUGGUGAAGUGGAACCCUGUUGCGAAUGUGGAAGGGGACCAUGUUUGGAGCUUCUUGAGGACGAUGGAUGUUCCGGUCAACACAUUGCACGCGGCAGGGUAUGUUUCAAUCGGUUGUGAGCCGUGCACGAGGGCGGUUUUACCGGGACAGCACGAGAGAGAAGGGAGAUGGUGGUGGGAAGAUGCGAAGGCUAAAGAGUGUGGGCUUCACAAAGGGAACAUCAAGGAUGAUGCUAACAAGGGUGAUGGUGUAAACGGGAAGUCGAAACCUGUUGUUGAGGAUAUCUUCAAGAGUGAGUCUCUUGUGGCUUUGAGCAGGCAAGGGAUUGAGAAUCUGAUGAAGUUGGAGAACAGGAGAGAGCCUUGGAUCGUCGUGCUUUAUGCUCCUUGGUGUCCGUUUUGUCAAGCCAUGGAAGCUUCGUACGAUGAAUUGGCGGAGAAAUUGGCCGGAAGUGGGAUUAAGGUUGCGAAGUUUAGAGCGGAUGGUGAACAGAAGGAGUUUGCUAAGCAGGAGUUGCAGCUUGGGAGCUUCCCUACCAUACUCGUCUUCCCCAAGAACUCUUCAAGACCGAUCAAGUAUCCUUCUGAGAAGAGAGACGUUGAUUCUUUGACUUCGUUCUUGAAUCUUGUCCGGUAA